AUGUCGACAUCUUACUACCAGACCUCCGUUCCGUCGCUGCUCCCGACGCCGCUGCCAACGCCGCUCCCGACGGCGCUCCCGUCGCUGACGUUCCAGCCGUCGUUCCUCGACUGCGAGGCCGGCUUCGGCGUCUUCGACGGCGGCGGGUCGGCCUGCGCCGCCUGCCCCGCGGGCCGCUACGCGAGCGACAACGGCUGCGAGGCCUGCGCCGGCGGCAGCGUGCCGAGCGGCGGCGCCUGCUUCCCCGGGACCUGGGCCGCGUCGCGCGUCGACAACGCCACGGGCGCGCCCGCGCACGCGCCCGGCGUCGUCGACCACGAGGGGAGCUGCUACUACUUCGAGGCCGGCGGCAGCACGUGGACCGCGGCCGAGCGGUCCUGCAACUCGCUCGGCGGCCACCUCGCCUGCGUCUCCGGGCCGAGCCACGCGCGCUUCGUCGCCGAGCAGGCCGAGCUGCGGGGCGUCGCGGCGAUGUGGAUCGGCAUGUCCGAGCGCGGCAACGAGAAGGCCUUCUCCUGGACGAACCCGGAGUGCUGCUCCGACUAUCGCAACUGGUACGAGACGACGGACGCCGAGGGCACCACCACGCGCGAGCCCACGGAGGACAUCGAACUCAUCUCCUACCGCUGCGUCCGCAUGGGCGCGACGGGCGAGCUCUGGGACGAGAACUGCCGCGCGCACUUUGGGUACGUCUGCCAGGCGCCCGUGCUCUCCGCGGCGACGGCCUGCGCCGCGUGCCGCAGCGGCACCUACGCCGCGUCCGGCGCGUCGACCUGCGCCGCGUGCCCGUUCGGCAAGUACGCGCGCGGCGAGGGCCACGCGCGGUGCGACGCGUGCCCGACGCGGUCGCCGGCGAGCCUGUUGGGCACCUACUUCGCGCCGGAGACGACGGCGAACGCCGGCGGCUCCGUGCUCUGCGGGGGCAACCUCGGGCGGGCCCAGCGCAGCGCCUACAUCGUCACCUCCGUCUUCACGGCCGCGGGCCCCUUGCUCCUCGGCACGGCCGCCGUCUUCCUCCAGGUGAACGUCGGCGGCUUCCUCGUGAGCCGGGGCCUCGCGGGCUGGCCGACGCGCGUCCACGCCUACCGGAGCGAGCUCAUCCCCAUGGUCUUCGGGUCGUCGCUCGUCGCGAGCUCGCUCCUCGGCGGCGCGCUCUUCGCCGCGUGGCUCCAGCCCCUGCGCCAGCGGUCCGAGUCCUGGCCCUACAAGGGCCGCCUCGCGGCGACGUCCCUGGCCAAGGGCUGCGACCCGGGCGAGCGCCACGCGUCGCUCGUCGCCGGCACGGUCUUCCUCGCCGUCGCCGCGGUCUGCUUCUUGUGCUGCGUGCCGGUCGUCGACGUCGGCGCCGUCGCCCGGGAAGUCUAUCGCUGCGUCGUGCGCCUGCGCCUGCGGCGCGACUUCCUGCGGCAGACGCGCAAGUGGGAGCGCGAGCGCGCGGCGACCGAGGCCAAGGUGAAGAACAUCUCGAGCUUCGCCUGCACGCUGUGCCGCCAGCGGCGCGCCGCGGCGCUGAACCUGCCCUGCGGCCACCAGUUCCUGUGCAACGAGUGCGCGGACCGCUUCCGCGAGGAGAACGGCGCCAUCUGCAACGCGUGCCGCGCGCCGAGCGACGUCCGCGACGUCAUUUUACGGACGGGCGCGUCGUCGCGGAAGCGGGACGACGCCCAGGAGGUCGGCCCCCUCGGGAACAUCGAGCUCGCGCCCGUCAAGGCGAGCGCUCUCGAGCGGCGGACGUCGCGGUCCGCGUCCGUCGCGGAGCUCCGGGCGGCGAUCGCGGCGACGAAGCGCGCGCGGCGGGGCGCGCAGCGGCGGUUCCUCGCGUCGGCCUGCGGCGUCUGCGGCGAGUCGAAGGAGCUGGUGGUGGACACGCCCUGCGGCCACGCGACGCUGUGCGCGGCGUGCGCGGCCGAGUUCAGGGGGCGGUCGCCGGUGUGCAGCCGCUGCGGCGAGGCGAGCGAGAUCGUCGCGCCGACCCUGGAGCUGUGCUGUUCGAUUUGUUUCGACUCCGUGUCGGCGCAGUACCUCGUGGCUCUGGGCGCCUGCGGCCACCAGCUCUGCACGUCGUGCUCCGUGGGCUACGUCCGGUCGUGCCUCGGAGACGUCGCGGAGCUCGUCCGCGACGACGGCCUGCGGUGCCCGCUGCACGUGGGCGGCUGCGACGGCGUCGUCACCGUGGACGUCGUCGAGCGCCUGGUGACGCGGCCCGUGCGCGACGACAUGGCCGAGGAGACGCUGCCGCUGCGGAGCGACGAGUUCGAGCGGUUGGUGCGGUUCUUCUACGAGGCGUCCAUCGACGUCGCGGAGCGGUUCUACUGCACGCACCCGACCUGCGCGCGGCUCUUCGCCGUGCCCCACCGCGACGCGCUCGUCAAGUACGGCGCGGGCGCGGGCAGCAGCCAGCGCGCGGUCCGCGAGGGUCUAGCGCGGCUGCCGCGGCGGCUCACGAGCUCCAUGCUGGGCUUCGCGCGGCACCUGGCGCAGCAGCGCGACAACCCGCACGCGCCCCUGCCGGAGGGCGUGGACGACGAGUUGGAAGGCGGCGCCGCGCCCGACGACUUCGAGGGGCCGCCGCCGUUCGUCGCGUGCCCGCACUGCAACCGGCGGUCCUGCGUGCGCUGCCGCGUGCCCGCGCACGCACUAUUGACCUGCGAGCAGGUCAAGGACGGCCCGGACCCGACGGCGACGAUGGCGUUCGUCGAGGCGACGUCGAAGCCGUGCCCGCAGUGCGCGUUCCGCAUCACGCACUGCCACGGCCACGCGUGCCACCACAUCAAGCCGGGCACGGGCUGCCUUAACUGCGGCACCCACUUCUGCUACGCGUGCCUCCAGCGCGGCACGUCGGGCUCCGUCUGCGGCUGCCGCCUCUUCUGCUCGAACGACGGCGUCGAGGACCACGUCGCGCUGCGGCCCUACCCGCGCGACACGCGCUGCGGCUGCACGUUCUGCUCCGACUGCCGGCCGGGCCGGCCCUGCUCCCAGUGCAACGGCGGCUGCGUCGUCUGCCGGGGCGUCGUGCCGCCGGGGCCCGCGUCCGCGGACGAGAUCGACGCCUGGGCGCCGGGGCGCUUCCGCGACGGCGACGACGCCGCGCUCGCGGACGUGGACCUGGGAGCGUAA